CUAUGCCGUGGAUACACUUUCUGGUACACGCGUAUUUCCUGCUCAAUUAUGGUCUCUGCUGGGCGGGGAUCACCGGGAGGGAGUUCGUCAAUGUCUUCCCGCAGGAUGGCGACCCGGGCUCGGACGUGCAGCGGGAGGUGACGAUCGCUGCCGCCUCGUCCGCGGGCUCGACCGCCGUCACGGUGCUGGUGUACAACACCAGCUUCAGGCAGGAGCUCUCCCUCGCCGGCGGCCAGAUGACGACGGUGUCCCUGCCGGCCCAGGUGGAUAUGCUGGGCUCCUACUCGCCCAGCGCCUUCCUCGUCCAAGCCGACCAGGAGGUGUCGGUCCUCGCCCUCCGCUGCAGGCCCGGCUCCUGCGCCGCCAGCCUGCUCUACCCCGUGGGCUUCUGGGGCAACCAUUACUAUGCCGUGGCGCCGCUGGUGCCCGGCCAGGCGUCCCUCGCGGAGAUCGUGAUCACCAACCAUGCGUCCAACAACCUCGUGGACAUCGUGCUCGCCGCGCCAGUCUCCUUCCAGGGCAGGGCGUACUCCCGGGGGGACGUGUUGACGCUCCGCCUGGGCCCCUUCUGGAGCGCCCAGCUGCAGAGCCCGCAGAGCCUGUCCGGCUCCGAGAUCACGUCCCAGGAGGCCGUGGGGGUGGUGUGUGGGUACACCUGUGCCCCGGAGGGGAGCCAGGGGUGCAGCUAUGGGUUUGUGCAGCUGCUGCCCACCUCAGGCUGGGGCGACACCUACGUGGUGCCCCCUCUGCCCACCCAGUCCUCCUCAGACCUGCUGUACGUCUUCACCUACCUGACCACGCGGCUGCAGGUUCGGGACAAUCAGGCACAGCACGAGAGAACGCUGCUGGGGGGCGCUGUGGAGGAGCUCCCAGUCAACCCCUCCAGCGCUGCCUACAUCACAGCCAGCAAUGGGGUGCAGGUGGUCUACUUCUGCUCUGGGGCGGCCGCCCCCUUCCUGAUCAGCCUCCUCUCCGCUGACCGCUCCUGCCUGAACUUUGGCCUCGUUGCCCGACCAGGCUUCCAGACCCACGCUGUCGUGGUGGCCAAGGGCUCGUCCGGCAUCCAGCUGCGCUACGACGGGGUCCCUCUCCCUCCCGGCGUGUCCUGGCACAGCGUGGCCGGCGUGGACCAGUCCUGGGGCCUGCUGCCCAUCGGCAGCCCCGGGCAGCACAGCCUGCAGCAGCUGGACGGGCAGUUCGGGGUGUAUGUCAUCGGCACCAGUCCCACCAGCUCCUACAGCUACCCGGGCCUGUGCUCCGGUACAGCUCGGGACCCGUGCCAGGUGGUGCGCUGUGGGUACAGUCGGCAGUGUGUGGUGAAAGCUGGGGUGCCCAUGUGCGUUUCAAUUGCUGGGCUGUGCCAGGCCUGGGGGGACCCUCACUACCUGACCUUCGACGGCACUGCCUUUGACUUCCAGGGCAGCUGCACCUACACCAUCUCCCAGACGUCCUGCCCUGGCGCUCCACCACUGCCCGGCGGCUUCGCUGUGCAGGCUGCCAAUGAGAACCGCGGGGAUGCCAGGCUCUCCUUCGUGCGCGAGGUGCAUGUGACCCUGCCGGGGGUCAACAUCACCAUCAUGAGGGGCGAGGAGCCGCAAGUGAGGGUCAAUGGGAGCAAGCACUACCUGCCCAUCCGCCUGCAGGCCGGGGCGCUGGUGCUGUACCACAGCGGUUUCUCCGCAGUGCUGGCGACGGCCGGCGGCCUGCUGCUGCGCUUCGACUGGCUCCACCACCUGCAGCUGGAGCUGCGCCGGGAUCUGGCGGGCGCCGUCUGCGGCCUGUGUGGCAACUUCAACGACGACCCCUCCGACGACCUGCUGACCCCCGACGGGCGGCUGGCACUGGGCAAGGAGGACUUCGGGCGGAGCUGGGCAGUGACGGGCGGCGCCGGGGGCGAUGGCGGCUGUCAGCAUGGCUGCGGAGGCGGCCCGUGCCCACAGUGCAGCGCCGAGCAGCUGAGCCGGUUCAGCCUCAGGUCCUCCUGCGGGCUCCUGGAGGACCAGCUGGGGCCCUUCGCCCCCUGUCGCGCGGCUGUGGACCCCACGCCCUACGUCCGCGGCUGCAUCUACGACCUGUGCGUCUUCGAGGGCGCCGGCGAGCUCCUGUGCAGGGCGGUGAAGACGUACGCGGAUGCCUGCCAGUGGGCCGGGAUCCAGGUCUCCUCCUGGAGAGGCCUGGCGCACUGCCCCCUGACUUGCCCUGCAAACAGCCACUACGAGCCCUGUGGCUCAGCGUGCCCAGCGACCUGCAGUGACCCCGAUGCCCCGGCUCGGUGCCAGGCUGCCUGUGUGGAGACGUGCCAGUGUGAUGUGGGCUUCCUGCUCAGUGGGGGAGGGUGUGUCCUGCCCCAGCAGUGUGGCUGCACCUACCAGGGCUUCUACUACUUGCCCGGGCAGCAGUUCUGGGCUGACAACCAGUGCCAAGAGCUGUGCACUUGUGACCCCUCUGCCCACCAGGUCCGGUGUGUCCCGGCUCAGUGCCAGCCCAAUGAGCUCUGCCGCUCUGUGGGUGGUGAACUGGGGUGUCAUCCAGUCCAGCUGGGGAUCUGCUCAGUGGAGGGAGACCCUCAUUACACCACCUUCGAUGGGCGUAGGUAUGACUUCGAGGGCAGCUGUGUCUACCAGCUGGCCGCAUCGUGCCCUGGCUCCCUGGGGCUGGAGCCCUUCGAGGUGCGCGUCCAGAAUGAGCAGGAGGGCCCCACAGGGGCGGCCAGCUCCAAGACCGUGCUGAUCCUGGUGCAUGGGUACCAGAUUGAGAUCACCAGAGAGCACACGAGCCGCGUCCUGGUCAAUGGCAUCCUGAUCAGCCUCCCUUUGCUGCUGAGCGGAGGGAAAGUGAAGAUGUACAGGAGGGGUCUGGCGGCGACUUUCGAAACCGACUUCGGCCUCAUUUUAACCUACGAUUGGAACAACCACGUCACCCUGGCGCUCAACAGGACAUACGCCGGCUUCCUCUGUGGGCUGUGCGGGAACUACAACAACAACCCCGCGGACGACCUCGCCACCAGCAGCGGUCAGCUGACCUCCGACCCCACCACUUUCGGGAGGAGCUGGAGGACGAGCCAGGUGCCCGGCUGCCAGGAUGCCCGGCCGCAGGGCCAGCCGGCCUGUAGCGAGGCGCAGAGAGCCACCCUGUUGGGACGCAGUUCCUGCGGCAUGCUCACUGACCCUCUGGGCCCCUUCAGGGAGUGCCAUCGUGCUGUCGACCCCGACCGGUUCUUCCAGAACUGCCUCAGCGACGUCUGCCUCGGCCAGGGCCGCCAGGGCGUCCUGUGCCAGUUUCUUGCCAGCUAUGUGGGGCAGUGCCAGGAGGCAGGAGCCAACAUCUACCACUGGCGGUCCUCGGGGUUCUGUGAACUUUCCUGUCCUGCCAACAGCCGUUACGUCCUGUGCUCCACAUCGCCCUCUGCCUCCUGCAUCCAGUCCCCAGGGCCUGUGGGCAUCACCUGCAGGGAGGACUGCCGCUGCCUGUUCGGGUUUGUGCGCAGUGGUGACCAGUGUGUCCCGAGCUCCCAUUGUGGCUGCCUGCAUGAGGGCGUGUAUUACCAGUCUGGGGACCGCUUCUUCCCCGACUCACAAUGCACGCAGCUCUGUACCUGCUCCGCGGGCAAUCGGGUGCAGUGCCAGCCCUCUUCCUGCCCCCAGGGCGAGCAGUGCGCCAUGCGGGAGGGUACACGUGGGUGUUACCCACUGGCAGCACUUGAUAGUGGAGUGGUGAACCCCAUCCAUCGCCAUUCCGGGUGCUCGGUGGCCGGGGGCCUGCACUACCGCUCCUUCGACGGGCGGGCGUUCGACCUGUGGGGGAACUGCACCUACACGCUGGCGCAGAGCUGCCCCGGCUCGGGGCCUGGGGUCCCGGUGGAGCCCUUCUCGGUGCAGGUGCAGCAUGAGCGCGUGGAGCUGGAGAUCUACGGGAUGACCUUCGCCCUGCUGAAGGGGCGCGCUGGGGAAGUCCAGGUGGAUGGUGUAACUUGGACCAUCCCGGCGGUCCUGGACCGGGUCAGUGCCGUUCAGCACGGCCUGCGAGUGCGCGUGGAGACGCAGGCGGGGCUGGUGCUGCUCUACGAUCUGCAGUACUACCUUCUGGUCUCCCUGCCCGGGAGUUACGGCAGCCAGGUGUGUGGUCUGUGUGGGGACUUCAAUGGCAGCCCUGAGGAUGACCUCCGGCUCCCGGAUGGCCGGCUGGCCAGCGAUCCCCAGGAGCUUGGGGCUGCCUGGACAGUCCCCGCUCUGGGGGCGGGCUGCCCAAAGGGCUGUGGGGAGACCUGCCCUCGCUGUGACCCCGGAGCGGCCUCUCAGUUUGGGUCGGAGCACUCCUGCGGGAUGAUCGGGGCUCCUGGAGGCCCUUUCGCUGCCUGUGUGUCUGUGGUGGAUCCCCAGCCUUUCCUCAGCAGCUGUAUCUACGACCUGUGCCUGUCCCAGGGGUUGCUGGCGCAGCUCUGCCGCAGUCUGCAGGCCUAUGCUGCCGCCUGCCAGGAUGCCGGAGUCGACAUCCUGCCCUGGAGGAGCCCGGAGCUGUGCUCUCUGACCUGUCCGCCUGGCUCGCAGUACCAGCUUUGUGCAAAGAUGUGCCCCCUGUCCUGUGCCGGGGCCCUGUGGGGGAGGUGCCCACAGACCUGCGUGGAGGGGUGCGAGUGUGCCCCGGGACUCCAGUUCAGUGGUGAAGGCUGCGUUGCCAUUGACAAAUGUGGCUGCUUCCACAAUGGCCGCUAUUAUAAGCCUGGCGAGGCAACCUGGGAAGAGAGGUGCACCAAGAGAUGCACCUGCACGCCCCCUGCUGGCCUGUCAUGUGUACCCGCAGCCUGUGACGAGGGACUGGAAUGCAGAGUGGACAAAGGGGCACUAGGCUGUUUCAUGGCGUGGCACUGUCCCAAGAACAGCCACCACGAGCCCUGUGGCUCGGCGUGCCCAGCGACCUGCGGUGACCCCGACGCCCCGGCUCGGUGCCAGGCUGCCUGCGUGGAGACGUGCCAGUGCGACGCGGGCUUCCUGCUCAGCGGGGGGGAGUGUGUGGCACCUAGUCAAUGCGGCUGUACCCACGAUGGAUUCUACUACCCAGCCAAUGAGACCUUCUGGGUGGAUGAGUGCCACAAGCAGUGCACCUGUGACCCCCACACCAAUCGGGUGACCUGCAGGCAGGCAUCCUGCGGGCCACUGGAGACCUGUCAGCUGGUGGGUGGGGUGAGGCGGUGCCAGCCCUUAGGGGUCAAAUCCUGUUCGUCUGAGGGUGGUUUGCACUUCGUCACUUUCGAUGGCCUCGGCUAUGACUUCCAAGGUGGCUGUGUUUAUCAGCUGGUGGGGCUGUGCUCUGGGGACCCCAGUCUGACCCCGUUCACGGUCUGGAUCCAGAGGGGGAGGGGCGUGUCACCGGCUGUGAUGUUGACCGUGAAUGUGUACGGCAUCACCAUGGAGAUCAGCACCAACGGUGACGGUAGAAUCCAGGUGGAUGGCCUCUUCAAAUCACUCCCUUAUUUCAUGCACUCUGACAAGGUGGUGACGUACAGCGCAGGGCUCUACAUGGUUGUCAGAACGGACUUUGGUCUCUCCCUGACCCUCGACAGCACCAGCCAUGUCACUCUUGCAGUGCCCAGUGUGUACUCAGGCGCCCUCUGUGGCCUGUGUGGGAACUACAAUGCCAACUCCACAGAUGACCUGACAGGACAAGACGGCCGGCUGGCCGAGAGCAUGGAUGAGUUUGGGCGGAGCUGGAGAGUCGGAGGUGAUCCCGACUGUGUGGAUGGCUGCAAAGGGGACACCUGUCUGGGAUGUCCGGAGCUGCAGAAGGAGCUGUAUAUGGGACGCGAUUCCUGUGCCAUGCUCACUGACCCCAGUGGGCCCUUCAGAGAGUGUCACUCCACUGUGGACGCCCACAGGUCCUUCAAUAACUGUGUGGGGGAGGUCUGUUCUAGUGGGGGCCUGCAGUCGGUUCUGUGUCAGUCCCUGGCACGCUAUGUCUCUGCCUGCCAAGAAGCUGGAGUCCACAUCUCUCCCUGGAGAAAUUCCACUUUUUGCGACCUGCUUUGCCCAGCUGGCAGCCACUACAGUCUCUGCUCGGAUGCUGUUCCUCCGUCCUGUGUGAGUGUCCCGCCCCCUGUGCCUGCACUCUCCUCCUCGCCAUGCCGUGAGGACUGCCAGUGUGACCCCGGUCUGCUCCGCAGUGGGGGUGCCUGUGUGCCCCCCCAGCAGUGUGGCUGUCUCAACGAUGGUGGCUAUCUUCUGUCUGGGGAGACCUACUACACUGACUUCUGCCAACAGCUGUGCACUUGCCAGCUCGGUGGGAUGCUCCAGUGUCAGGCGGCCUCCUGCUCCAGUGGGGAGGAGUGCCGAGUGAAAGAUGGGGUGCUGGGGUGUCACCUGCCAGCUCUGCAUGGGAGGUGCUUGGUUUUGGGUGGCAUGCACUACCACACCUUCGAUGGGCGAGACUUUGACUUCCGAGGGAACUGUACCUACACCCUGGCCAGGAGGAUCCCCAAGUGGGGUGCAGGGGGUGGCCUGGCGUCCUUCUUUGUGCGGGUGCAAAAUGAGCAACAGGAGGGAUCGGCUGUCUGGCUCACCAACCGGGUGGAGCUGGAGGUUUCAGGGCAGAACUUCAGCCUGAGCCGGGAGCAUGCUGGGAAAGUGGAGGUGGAUGGAGUGCUGGAAAACCUCCCUUUCUCGCGCCCCGGCGUGCGAGUUUACCGGCGAGGGCUCGGUGUGGUGAUCCAUGCCCAUAGCUUGGUGAAAGUGACCUUUGACCUUCAGUACCACGUGGCGCUGAUGAUCCCAGACGGCCACAGGGACCAGCUGUAUGGCCUGUGUGGGAACUUCAACGGGAAUCCCUGGGAUGAUCUCCAGCUCCCGGACGGCAGGCUGACGGAGGACCCGCAGGAGCUCGGUGCCUCCUGGAGAGCGCCUGUGCUGGGGGAGGACUGCAGCGACGGCUGUGGGGGGGCCUGCCCCCACUGUGACCCCCAGGUGGCGACAUCUUGGGUUCAGGAAGAGAGCUCCUGCUGGCUGACCAUGGCUCCCAGUGGCCCCUUUGCUUCCUGCAGCCCUGUUGUGGACCCCCAGUCUUUCUUCGGCGCCUGCAUGUAUGACCUGUGUCUGGCCCAGGCGGGCCGGGUGCCGCUGUGCGCCAGUCUACAGGCCUACGCCUCUGCCUGCCAGGAGGCCGGGGUGUCCAUCCUGCCCUGGAGAACCAGCGCAUUUUGCCCGCCGCGGUGCCCAGAGUUCAGCCACUACAGCCCCUGCGCGGACGCCUGCGCGGCCGCCUGCGCAGAGGUGCGGCCCAUCCUGGACUGUCCCGCCAACUGCACGGAGGCCUGCGCGUGCGACAGUGGCUACGUCUUCGAUGGGAACGCCUGCGUCUCUGCGGACGAGUGCGGCUGCUUCCGGGACGGGAGGCGAUACAAGCCUGGAGAGGACACGCUGGUGGAGAACUGCUCCUUGAACUGUACCUGUGUUCCUCCAUCCCUCCUUUGUGAACCUUAUUCCUGUCCUGUGCCCCUGACCUGCCAGGCCUGGGAUGGGGUCCUUAGUUGUCACGAGCCAGCCCUGAGCUCUGUUUCUGCAGAUGACGAUUGGCUGCCUACAGAUUGCACAGAAAGUAUUGAUGGAUCUGAUGCUUCUCCCUGCCCGGAACACAGCAGCUAUACCACCUGUGGAACUGCCUGCCCCCGUUCCUGCACCCACAAGCUGCAGAACAUGAUGUGUAUUACGUUGUGUGUGGCGGGCUGCUUCUGUGAUAAAGGGUACCUGCAGAGCCCUCGGGGCUGUGUCCGGGAGGACCAGUGUGGCUGCAUAUACAACGGCCAGUACUACAACCCUGGGGAUGUCUUCUGGACCCCUGUGGACUGCCGCCAGCGCUGCACCUGCGUCCCCUCCACUGGAGCGGUGCUCUGCCAAAAUAGCAGCUGUGGUGCCCAAGAGCAGUGCUCAUUGAGUGUGGGAGUGUGGAGAUGCCACCCCACCGGCCACUUCAACUGCUCAGUGCAGGCUGGCCGCCACUUCCUGACCUUUGACCGCCGUGCCUAUGACUUCUGGGGCUCCUGCUCCUACUGGCUGGUGCGCAUCUGUUCCCAGAAUUCCCAGCUUGUGCCCUUUGAGAUCCGCCUGUCUGUGGGCAGCUGUGGAAAUCGGCUCUCCAACGACGUGGACCUGAGCAUUAAGGUUUACAAGACCUUGAUCUCCAUAAGCAAAGCUUCUCCUUUGAAGGUUCAGGUGAAUGGAUCGCAGGUGUUUCUGCCGUUCACAUGGAACAGCCAGGUAGUGAUCUAUCCCUCUCCCUGGUCUGUGAUGGUAGAGACCGACUUUGGCCUGCGGGUGGCGCUGUACCAGAGCAGCACAUGGGUGGUUUUCCUGCCCAGAACCUAUGGCAGUGUGGUGUGUGGCUUGUGUGGCAAUGCCAAUGGCAAUCCUAGUGAUGACUUCCUGAUGCCCACUGGGCAGCUGGCAGUGAGUGCCCAGGAGUUUAGCAGCAGCUGGCAGGUGGACAAGGUUCCUGGGUGUGAGACCGUGUGCAGCUCGGGCACCAGGCAGUGCAGAGUGGAGGAGCAGCAGCUGUUCAGGAGGGAGCUGUACUGCGGGGUGCUGCUCAAUGACAUGGGCCCCUUUGGGCGGUGCACCCGCAUCCUGGAUCCCCAGCCUUACCUGCGCAGCUGCAUCGCAGACACCUGCGCAUAUGGGGGUCACCACUCGGCACUCUGCAGCUCUAUUGCGGCCUACGUUGCAGCCUGCCAGGCUGCUGAGAUCCCCGUCAGGCAGUGGAGGAGGGACACCUUCUGCGGGGCUGCAUGUCCGGACAACAGCCACUACGAGCUCUGUGGCACCAGCUGUCCCGUCACCUGCUACAAUCUCGCUGCCCCAGUGUACUGCAGCGCCUCCUGCAGGGAGGGCUGUCAGUGUGACAGUGGCUUCGUGCUCGGCAACGGGAGGUGCAUCCCAAUCUCUGAGUGUGGGUGCCUUUACCAAGGGCAGUACUACCCUCAGGGCGUCUUCUACCCUGAAGCAGGGUGCCAUCUGCGGUGCCAGUGCAGCAUGGGUGGGCGGGUCCAGUGCUUUCGGUGUGGCUGCGGGCCGCAGGAGCAGUGCCGGGAGGAGGGGGGGGUCCGGAAGUGUGUGCCAGCCAGCUACGGCAUGUGCCUGGUGCUGGCCGGCAUCGGCUAUGUGACCUUUGACGGUGACUGGUAUGUGGCUGGGGGCUCCUGCUCGUACCUGGUGGCCCAGGCGGAGGGGUUGGGCCUGGAGCGCUUCGUGGUCGUGCUGCGGAUGGAGGGUGCCCGGGUGGCGAGCGUGGUGGCGGUGGCCCUGGAGGGGUACAACAUCAUGAUCCGGAGGGCAGCGCCGCGGAAGAUCCGGGUCAAUGGCGAGGACUUCAGCUUGCCCCUGGAAAUGCCCGACGGGCUCAUCUGGGCCUACCAGGACGGCAUCACCACUGUUCUUCAGACGGGCUUUGGGCUCAAGGUUCUCUUCUCAUCCAAUGGUCCGCUCUGGCUCGUGGUCCCGUCCCGCUACAGGAGCGCCACCUCUGGCCUGUGUGGGAACUUCAACGGCUUGAACUGGGAUGACCGUCGGCUCCGCAGUGGUGUGCCGGCCUCCAGCCUGGCUGCCUUCCUGAGCAGCUGGGCAGAGGCGGGCGAGGGGGUGGCCUGUGACCACGGUUGUGCCGACAACUGUCCGUUCUGCGAUGUUGCGCUGGGCCUGGGGGGCAUCAUCCAGCAGAAGUGUGGCCCGCUGAGCGCCGUGGACGGGCCGUUCGGCCGCUGCAGGGCGGUGCUGGAGUCGGAUCAGUUCUUCCCCUUCUGCGUGGACGCCCUGUGCAAGACGUCCGGGGACCUGUGCCUCAUCCUGGAGGCCUACGCCAUGGCCUGCCGCUCCAGGGGAGGGGUCCCGGGACCCUGGAGAGCCAACGCCUCCUGUCCGCUCACCUGCCCAGACCGCAGCUCCGUCAGCCCCUGCGUGGCGUCUAGCAGCAGCUCCUGCGCCGAGGUGCUCAGCCCCCCGCGGGGCCCGGGUGGCUGCUCCGAGGGGUGCCAGUGCGACAACGGCAACGUCUUCGAUGGGGGCGAGUGCAUACCCCUGGGCAACUGUGGGUGCCUGUACCAGGGCAGAUACAUCAAGAUGGGCGCGAAGCUGUACAAUGAGGACUGUACCCGAAGGUGCGAGUGCCAUCGUCUAGGUGGGACGUUGUGUGAGCCCACUGCCUGCAGCCCGAGGGAGAUCUGCACCCUGAGAGAUGGGGUGAGGGGGUGUUACCCCCGGGAGCAGGGCUGCCAGCUGCUGGGGGGGUCUGGCCUCCAAUCCUUCGAUGGCCGUCAGCUGACUCUGACACCUGGUGCGCCCUAUGAGCUCUCCUCCCUCUGUGACCCCACCAGUGACAAGUGGUUCCGGGUUGUAGCCUGCAGCUCCUCCCAAGGCCAGAAGACCAGGGUGCUGCAUAUCUUCCUGGGCCUCAGCCUCAUCCGGAUCCAGGACCGCACUGUGCAGGUGAACGGCCGCCGCGUCACCCUGCCGGUCAGCCUGGCCGCGGGGGUGUCGCUGAGAGAGAACGGAGCUGGGGCGCUGGUUGUGAAGCGGGGCUUGGAGAUCGAGGUUCAGCUCAGCCCCUCUGGGGACUUCACGGUGGUCCUGUCCCUCUGGUACGUCGGGAAAACGUGUGGCGCCUGCGGGAACUACAACGGCAGCCCCUCAGACGACCUCGUGGGAUCAAACUCCUGGGUCGCCAAGAACUUCACCGGCUGGAUGAUUCCCUUCUAUAAACCCAAGCUGACCAAUCUGGAGCAGGAGAUCCAGGUCAAAGUGUUCUGGUCACGGAUCUGCUGGGCCACUCCUGGGGGGAAGGAGUUUGCCACAGUCUUCAUGCAGAACUACGAGCAGAACUACGGCAACCCGCGCAUGCAGAUCCAGGUGUCAGCCUUCCACCCCGACACCAAGGUCAAAGUCAGCGUGGCGAAGCUGGGGUACAUCCAGGAGCGCACCCUAGGGGCCGGGCAAGGGGUGACCUUCCAGCUACCCAACAGCGUUGAGGUGUAUGGCAGCCAGAAGACUUCGAACACCGUCCUGAUCGAGGCCAGCAAAGACGUCACGGUGGUGUCACUCAACUACAAGUACCUGACGGCCGACACAGCCGUGAUCUACCCCGUGACCGACUGGGGCACAGAGUACUAUAUCUUCACCUCUCCCAUCUCGCCCCUGGGCACCUACAAGGAGCUCGCCGUCGCCAACUACAAGGAGCCCAACAGCAUCGACGUCUACCUCCGGGCGCCUGUGAGAUUCCAGGGCCAGCUGUACUUCCCCGGCACCAAGCUCACCAUCAACCUCGGCCCUUUCGAGAGCGUGCAGCUGCAGAGCUGGUACGACCUGUCCGGCUCGCGGGUCGUCUCCAAGCUCCCUGUGGCCGUCUUCAGCGGGCACUCCUGCACCUGGAGGUUCACCAGGUGCAAUCAUGUAUACGAGCAGCUGACGCCGGUCAGCCGCUGGGGCAGGAGCUUCAUCGUGCCUCCGCUGUCCUUCCAGAACCGGUUCGACAGCGUUUACAUCCAGGCCUCCCAGCCCACCCAAGUCACCGUGCAGGCAGGCAACGCGAAGGAGACAGUCGACCUCAACCGCGGGGACAUCUACGAGUUCCAGAUCCGCGCGCCAUUCCCUCUCUCCGUCACAUCCAACCAGGGCAUCCAGGUCCUGUUCCAGGCUAACGGCGCCUACUUCGAAGAUGGCACCAUGUUCGACCCCUUCCUGAUGACGAUUGUGCCCACCGACCGGUUCUGCACCGCCUACACCCUCGACGGGCAGGCCGACUUCAAGAACGUGGCCAUCUUCCUCGUCCGCACCAACGACCUGCCGGGGCUGAAGUUCGACGGCAACCCCGUGACCCGUGACGUCCCCUGGAGGGCAAUCGCGGGCACACAGUACUCCUGGGGCGAGGUGGCCUUCCCUGCUGGGGCUGGCCGGCAUACUGCCGCCCAUCCCAGCUCCCCCUUCGGCCUCUACAGCGUGGGCAUCGCCCAGAUGAAUGGGUAUGGAGCUCCCGCACCCUGCAGCCAGCAAGUGGCCAUGGACUGCAGCAGUGUGACGUGCAGCACGGGAGAGCAGUGCGUGAUGAGUGGCGGUUUCCCCAGCUGUGUGCAGCAGUCUGUCAAGACGGGCACCUGCUCGGCCAUGGGUGACCCCCACUACCGCACCUUCGACGGGCGCACCUUCGACUUCAUGGGCACCUGCACCUACAUCAUCACCAAGAACUGCCGCAGUGACGAUGGCCUGCCUGCCUUCGAGGUGGAGGCCAAGAACGAGAACCGGGGGAGCAUGAGUGUCUCCUACGUGGCCAUGGUCACUGUCAAGGUGUAUGGCUACGCUAUCACCGUGGUGCGCUCUGAGAUUGGCCUGGUUCGGGUCAACUACAGGAUUGGCUAUGUUCCCAUGAUCCUCGACAACGGGAAGCUCACCAUCUCCCAGAGUGGACGUUCUGUUAUCAUCAACACCGACUUUGGCCUGACGGUGCGGUACGACUGGGAGCACUACCUGGUGGUGACGGUGCCCGGUAGCCUUGCGGGCAAGCUCUGUGGCCUGUGCGGCAACUUCAACGGCCGGCAGGACGACGACUUCGCCACGCCCAGCGGCUCCCAGGCGCCCGACGCGGUGGCCCUCGGCAGGAGCUGGCGGGCCAGCGGCGCGGCGGGCGACGGCCUGUGCUGGGACGACUGCAACGGGCAGUGCCGGCGCUGCGAGCACAGCUUCAUCAAGCGCUGGGAGGGCGAGCUGUUCUGCGGGCUGCUCACCCGCAUCGUCGACGGGCCCUUCCGCCUCUGCCACUCCGUCAUCGACCCCAAGAUCUACCUGGACAACUGCGUCUUCGACGUCUGCAUGGCCGACGGCUACCACCACUACCUCUGCCGUGUGCUGGAGGUCUAUGCCGAGGUCUGCCAGCGCGCGGGCAUUGUGGUGUACGACUGGAGAACCCUUGCAAAGUGCCCUGCCAGGUGCCCAGAGAACAGCCACUACGAGCUGUGUGGCUCCGCCUGCCCCGCCACCUGCGGCAGCCCUGACGCGCCCUCCAAGUGCAGCGCCCCCUGCGUGGAGACCUGCACCUGCAAUCCAGGCUUCGUGCUGAGCAGGGGUCGGUGUGUGCCCCAGGCUCGCUGUGGCUGCACCUACGAGGGCCGCCACAUCCCGGCGGGGGAGACCGUCUGGGCCGACGACAGCUGCCGCAGGCGCUGCUACUGCAACCCAGCCAGCAGCACGGUGGAGUGCAGGGAGGAGGGCUGCCGCUCCGGGGAGCAGUGCCAGGUGGUGGACGGGGUAAGGGGCUGUUACCCCGUCACCUACAGCACGUGCACGGCUGCCGGGGACCCCCACUACCUGACCUUCGACGGGCACCGCUACAACUUCCAGGGCACCUGCGUCUACCAGCUGGUGGGCGUCUGCUCCAAGAACCCCAGCCUAGUGCCCUUCGAGGUUCUGGUGCAGAACAACUUCCGGGGCAACAGGGUGGUCUCCUACACCAAGCUGGUGGAGGUGAAGGUCUAUGGAAUGAGCAUCAUCAUCAGCAGGGAGUUCCAGGGCUUGAUUGAGGUGAACAACGAACUGACCAACCUCCCAGCGUUCCUGGACGGCGGUAAGGUGGUGGUGUACAGGAGUGGUUGGUUCGCUGUGGUCAAGACCAACUUCGGGCUGCAGGUGGCCUUCGACUGGAACAGCGUGGUCACCGUCACCCUCCCCAGCACGUACGCCGGAGCCGUGUGCGGCCUGUGCGGCAACUACAACAACAAGCAGCAGGAUGACCUGCAGAUGAAGAACGGGCGACUCGCCAGCAGCGCCUCCGAGUUCGGGCAGAGCUGGCAGGUGGUGGACAUCCCGGGGUGCGUGCACGGCUGCAAGGGCAUCUGCCCCGACUGCGACGUCAACCAGAAGCAGCAGUACGAGACUGACAAGUUCUGCGGCCUCCUGCGGGACCCCAAGGGGCCCUUCCGCGACUGCCACGCCAAGGUGGACCCCAGCGGCUACUUCCAGGACUGCGUCUACGACGUCUGCCUCUACAAGGGGAGCAAGACGGUGCUGUGCCAGGCCAUCACCAGCUACACCGCCGCCUGCCAGGAGAAAGGAGCCAAGGUCUAUCCCUGGAGAUCGGAGAAAUUCUGUGACGCCAAAUGCCCCGCUAACAGCCACUACGAAGUAUGCGCCAGCGGAUGCCCGGCCACCUGCUACAGUCUCGCCCCUCCCGCCGGCUGCCAGGCCCUGUGCAAGGAGGGCUGCGCCUGCAGCGACGGCUUCAUCCUCAGCGGGGACCAGUGCGUGCCCCUCGCCGGGUGCGGCUGCCUCUACAGCGGCCGGUACUACAAGACCGGCCAGGUCUUCUACCCCGACGGCAGGUGCCAGAGCGAGUGCCGGUGCCAGCCGGACGGCCGCGUGGAGUGCGCCAAGUUCUCCUGCGGCCCCCACGAGGAGUGCAAGCUGGAGGACGGCGUCCGGAAGUGCCACGCCGUCGGCGAGGGCACCUGCUCGGCCUCGGGGGAUCCCCACUACGUCUCCUUUGACGGGAAGCGGUUCGACUUCCAGGGGACCUGCACCUACACGCUGGCCAAGGCCUGCGGGCUGGAGGGCACCCGCCUCGCCCCCUUCUCCGUGGACGUGGAGAACGAGAAGUGGGGCAACGGCAAGGUGGCUGUCACCAAGCUGGUUGCUGUGGAGAUCGAUGGCAACACCCUGAUCCUGAAGGCGGGCGUGAAAGGACAGAUCAUGGUGAACGGGGUGUGGAACAACCUGCCCAUCAGCCUGAACAACCACGCGGUGCGAGCGUUCCAGCACGGCAUCAACGUGAUCAUCGACACCAGCUUCGGCCUGAGAGUGACCUACGACCUCGUCUACCACGUCACUGUCAGGGUCCCCGGCAGCUACCGCGACAAGAUGUGCGGCCUGUGCGGCAACUUUAACGGGAACCAGAAGGACGACUUCCUCCUCCCCAGCGGGCAGCUGACCCCCGACAUCAAGGCGUUCGGAUCGGCCUGGAAGGUGGCCGUCCCGGGUGUGCUGUGUGACGACGCCUGCAGCGGCAACACCUGCCCGGUCUGCGAAGCCAAGAGGCAGGCUGUCUUCGAGAAGCGCGGCUACUGCGGCAUCCUCACUGAACCCAACGGCCCCUUCGCCCAGUGCUACGCCAAGGUCCACCCCGAUGUCUAUUUCAGCAACUGCAUCUACGACCUCUGCAUGUCUGAGGGGGACAUUAACGUGCUGUGCAACAGCAUCGCGGCCUACGUCACUGCCUGCCAGUCCUUCGGCGUGGACAUCAAGAGCUGGAGGACGCCAUCCUUCUGUCCCUUGUCCUGCGCCGCUAAUAGCCACUACGAAAUCUGCGCCGACUCCUGCUCUGUGGCCUGCGCUGGGCUCUCUGACAUCACCAAGUGCCCCACUACCUGCGCUGAGGGCUGUGCCUGCGACGCCGGCUUCUUCUUCGACGGGGAGGGCUGCGUCCCGAUGGAUCAGUGUGGCUGCUACGAUCAUGGACGCUACUACAAGCCAGGAGAGGUGGUCUACGAGGACGAGUGUCAGCAGAAAUGCACCUGCAAUGCUAUAGAUGGCCUGGUGUGUGAGGCCCACUCCUGCCCAGCUGGAACCCAGUGCCUGAUCAGAAACGGAAUCAAGGCCUGCUUUAACACAGAUCCUUGCAAAGACGCCAACUGCCGUGUGAAGGAGACCUGCCGAGUGGAGAAGGGACAGGCAGUGUGCGUACCCCAGUACACAGGCACCUGCUGGGCCUGGGGUGACCCCCACUACCACACCUUCGAUGGCUACAACUACGACUUCCAGGGCACCUGCACCUACAUCAUCUCCAAGACCUGCGGCAAAAACGCCGCCGGCCUGGUGCCCUUCUCCAUCGAGGAGCAGAACGACAACCGCGGCAGCACCGUGGUCUCCUACGUGCGGGAGGUGGUGGUCUUCGUGUACGGCUACAAAGUGACCAUGCUGAAGCAGCAGUAUGGGCGGGUGAUGGUCAACGACGAGCUGGUCAACCUGCCCGUGAUCAUCGAUGGGGGUCAGCUGAAUGUGUAUCAGAGUGGCAUCAUGGCCGUCCUGCAGACAGACUUUGGCCUGACCGUCUCUUACGACUGGAACUGGCACCUGGUCAUCCAGCUGCCCAGCAGUUACUACGACAGCGUGUGCGGGCUGUGCGGCAACUUCGACGGGAACGGCAACGACGAGAUGAGGACGCCCGACGGCACGGCGGUGUCCUCCGUGAUCGACUGGGCCAAGGCCUGGCGGGUGCAGGACAAGCAGGACGCCUUCUGCUGGGACUCCUGCCAGAAGGACUGCCCCACCUGCGACGGCAACGUCGUGAAGCUGUACGAGACCGAGGCCUACUGCGGCGCCCUCACCAAGAAGGUGGACGGGCUGUUCCAGCAGUGCCACGUCAAGGUGGACCCCCGGGCCUUCAUGGACAGCUGCGUCUACGACAUGUGUCAGAACCAGGGAGACAAGAAGAUGCUGUGCCAGGCGCUGACCUCCUACGCCAACAUGUGCCGGCGCGAGGGCAUCAUUCUGAAGGACUGGAGGAAGCAGACGGGAUGCCCCAUGAACUGCCAGCCGCUGAGCCACUAUGAGCCCUGCGCCAGCCCCUGCCCCGUGUCCUGCCCGUACCCCGAUAGCCGCCCCACGUGCAACGGGACCUGUGUGGAGACCUGCGAGUGCGACCCAGGCUUCGUCCUGAGUGCGGGCAAGUGCGUGCUGGCGAGCACCUGCGGGUGCUCCUACCAGGGCCGCCACUACCGACCCUACGAGCGCUUCUGGGCGGACGAGGGCUGCCACAAGCUGUGCGAGUGCGACCCCGCCCUGCGGAUGGUGGUGUGCAAGGAGGCCAGCUGUAAGGCCAGCGAGGAGUGCUCCCUGGUGGACGGCGUCCGCGGCUGCCACCCGCUGACCUACUCCACCUGCAUGGCCGCCGGCGACCCCCACUACUACUCCUUCGAUGGACAUGACUUCACUUUCCAGGGCACCUGUAUCUACCAGUUCGUGGGGCUCUGCUCCAAGGACCCCAGCCUGGUCCCCUUCAAGGUCAACGUGCAGAACAAUCACCGCGGGAGUAGGACUGUGGCCUAUACCAAAGUCGUGGCCAUUGAAGUCUUCAACCUCACCAUCGUCAUCAGCAUCAACUACCCCAACAAAGUCCUGGUGAACGGCGAGCUCAUCUCCUUGCCCUUCUACUACGACGAUAACAAGGUGGUGAUGUACAAAAGCGGCGCAUGGGCUGUGGUGCAGACCGACUUCGGCAUGAAGGUGCAGUUCGACUGGAGCAACGUGGUCACCGUCACCCUGCCCAGCACCUACAAGGGGGCCGUGUGCGGCCUGUGCGGCAACUACAACAACAACCCGGCCGACGACUCCAAGAUGCCCGACGGCCGGAGCGCUCCCAAUGUGCAGACCUUCGGCGACAGCUGGAAGGUGGGCGAGGUGCCGGGCUGCUCCUCGGACUGCUCGGGGCCCUGGUGCAAGGUCUGUUCCGACUCCCAGAAGGACGUCUACCGGGCCGAGCGCUACUGCGGCGCCAUCGUCAACAAGAACGGGCCCUUCCGGCAGUGCCACGCCCGCAUCGACCCCGCCCGCUUCAUGGAGAGCUGCGUGUACGACGCCUGCCACUACAAGGGCCGUCCCUCCGUCGUGUGCGACGCCGUGGCCGCCUACGCCGCCGCCUGCCAGGACGCCCGGGUCCCCAUCCAGCCCUGGAGGAGCAGCAGCUUCUGCCCCGCCACCUGCCCGCGCAACAGCCACUACGAGCUCUGCGCCACGGGCUGCCCCGCCACCUGCCACGGCCUGUCCGCGCCCGAGGGGUGCCGCCAGCCCUGCAGGGAGGGCUGCCAUUGCGACAACGGCUUCCUGCUGAGCGGCGAGGAGUGCGUGCCGCUGGCGGAGUGCGGCUGCGCCUACGGCGGCCGGUACUACAGGAAGUGCCAGGUGUUCUAUCCCAAGGGCCACUGCAACGAGCGGUGCAAGUGCGGCGAGAACGGGGCCGUCUCCUGCACCAAGUUCUCCUGCGGCGCCCAGGAGGAGUGCAAGGUGGUGGACGGGGUGCGUGGCUGCUACCCCGUGGGGGAGGGCAGCUGCGUGGCCUACGGGGACCCCCACUAUGUCUCCUUCGACGGGCACCGCUUCAACUUCCAGGGCACCUGCACCUACACCCUGGCCAAGUCCUGCGACAGCAGCGGCCAGCUGGUGGGGUUCGCCGUUGAGCAGGAGAACGUCAAGUACGGGAACCAGAACGUGGCGGUCACGAUGACGGUGGCGGUCAUCGUCUACGACUACGUCAUCGCCAUGAGCGAGGGCAUGCGCUGGUUCGUCCUGGUGAACGACGUGAGGUACAACCUGCCCCUCUUCCUGGAUGGGGGCAAGAUCACGGUCAACCAGCAGGGCGGCAACAUCGUCCUCCGGACGGACUUCGGCCUGCAGGUGUUCUACGACUCCAUGUUCUACGUCAGGGUCACCGUGCCCUCCACCUACCGGGGCAAGAUGUGCGGCCUGUGUGGUAACUACAACAGCGACGGCAAGGACGACCUCCUGCUGCCUAGCGGCGCGCCGGCCGCCAGCGUGGACGCCUUCGGCAAGGCCUGGAGGGUGGGCAUGGGGGGAGGGGCCGGGCAGUGCAGCGAGGGCUGCGGUGACCGGUGCCACGUGUGCGAGCAGGCCAACGAGGCGCUCUACGGGCAGGAGGACGCCUGCGGGCUGAUCAGGUCCACCCACGGGCCCUUCCAGGCCUGCCACGGCAAGGUGGACCCGGAGCUCUACUUCCAGCAGUGCGUGUUUGACGUGUGCGCCCUCAACGGGGACAAGGGCACCCUCUGCAAGACCAUCCAGGCCUACGUGGCCGCCUGCCAGCUAGCCGGCGCGGACGUCAAACCCUGGAGGACCAAAACCUUCUGCCCGGCUACCUGCCCGGCCAACAGCCACUACGAGCUGUGCGCCGACACCUGCAGCUCCGCCUGUGCCGGCCUGGUCAGCAGGACGCCCUGCAGCAGCCGCUGCUUCGAGGGCUGCGAGUGCGACCAGGGCUUCAUGGCCGACGGCGACCGGUGCGUCUCCGUGGAGGCCUGCGGCUGCGUCUACGACGGCGCUUACCUCCAGGUGGGGCAGUCAGUGGUCACGAAGGGCUGCUCUCAGAAGUGCACGUGCCAGCCCACGGGUGGGGUGGUCUGCGAGAAGAUGCAGUGUGCCUCCGGGGAGCAGUGCAGCGUCCGGGAGGGCGUGCGCGGGUGCCACAAGCAGGAGGGCAGCUGCACGGUGAAGCCGGGGGCCCACCUCAAGUCCUUCGACGCCAUGGAGGGCAAGAUCGCCAGCGGCGGGGCCUUCGAGAUCGCCGCCCUCUGCGACCGCGGCUCGGCGGAGUGGUUCCGCGUGGUUGUGGACGUGCGGCUGUGCGUGAAGGGCAGCCUGGCGGCCGCUGUGACUGUGUACGCCUUCUUCGACGACACCGUGAUCGCCGUCAACAACGAGCACCAGACCUGGGUGAACGGCAAGCAAGUGGCGCUGCCGCAGAAGCUGAAGAACGAGCUCUCCAUCCACAUCUCCGACAAGCUGGUGAUCAUCGAGAAGAAGUCGGCCGUGCGCGUCUCCUACAGCGUGACGCAGGAGGUGACGGUCGCCGUCAGCGCCCACCUGGCCGGACGCACGUGCGGGGCCUGCGGCAACUUCAACGGCGACGGCAAAGACGACAUGGUCACGGCCGGCGGCAAGAUCUCCGUCAGCGUGUCGGAGAUCAUCGACUCCUGGAGGGCCAAGGACUUCUCCGGCUGUGGCCUGUGAGAUCCCGGAGCAGCUUCCCUAAAGAAUUAGUCAGAUGUGGAAUGUCGGGUUUUUUUUUUCUCGUGGGUUUACUCAAUCAAGUUUCUUGUAAACAAGUUUGUUUAAUUGUUUGUUAAAUGCUCCUUCUGGUAUACAUUUUUUUUUCUCUUCAGACA